AUGAAUAUUUUAUGGGACGAUUCUGUGUAUCCAUUCAUUGAAAUAUCAGAAGUUGUCAAAUCACCAUAUCGAGUGUCGGACUCUUUUAUUGACGCUGUCAAGGUUGUUAUCGAAAAAUUAUUUCCAUCAAAUUUGCGUAAAAGUGAUGGGACCAAAAUUCUGAUUAUUGAAAAAGAUACUUCUAUGAUGGGUGAUUUAUUUUUUGCUCAUGUUGAUAAUGUAUCUCGUCGCCUGUUUAAUAUAUCAUCGAUUCAAGAGACGUUUAAUUCUUCACCAUUAACAUCUCAUUUGUUAAUAAAAAACAGCAUCAAGCAGGAAAAUGGACAAAUAUACAAUUCUAUAAAUGCCGACGCCUCCAUUAUUAUUUUAUCCAAAUUUAUCUUUUUCUCGGCAUCAACAUUUACUUAUCAUCGACAAUUUCAUCACAACAAGGAACGAUACAUGAUGGGAAUUGAAUAUUUGAUUAAUAAUGAAUUGAUAUAUGAAUGCUCCAACAAAGUUCGAUUCUUAAAAGGAGCUCACAAAAGUUAUGCCAUGAUUCCACCUAAUCAAAUCAAAAACAAUACUACAUUAAUUAAUGCAUUAACUCAAUUAAACUUGAAUAUCAAUGAUUAUGAACAAAUCUGGCAACAAUGUAUAUUGCCUACACCUAAACUAUGUGCAAAAAUUGAAAAAUCAGCAAUCGAUCAUAUUAAGUUGCAUUUAAGCGACUACAUUUCAAUUGUACAUCGUUUGGGUAAUGCUACCGAUCCUGUUGCUCAACAAAUCUUGAAGCCUGGUUUGCAUAGUGGUCAAAUUGGUAUUAAUCCUGAUUCGAAUACAUUUUCUUUGGCACCUGAACAUGUUAUUCAUUUUAAUAAAGAUGAUGAUAUUAUGAUGCAAUUGAAUAGAUUGUGUGUUCGUGCAAUUGAUCAAAAAGUUGAUUUAAUCAAACAUAACAAAUCUCCAAUGAUCCACUGUGAUUAUGCGAUCAGCACAAAUAGUACAUCUGUUAUAGAUUUGUCUCAAUCUAAUGUGAUCAAUAUGCAUAUAUCAAUCGAUGAUGGUGAGCAAUCAAAAUUAAAACAAUAUUCAUUAAUAAUCUCCAUGAAUAUUUUUUCAGGUGAAUAUGAUCGAACGAAGAUAUUCAAAAAUCAAACUUCAUCAAAUGAUGAAGAAGGUAAGUUUCAUUAUGUUUUGAAUCAUCCUUCUAUUAAUAUCUUUCGGUAUAUUUUUAUCACAGUUAAUGCUAUGUUUAUGAUAUCAAAUAUUGAUAACGAAAUCAAAAAUGAUUGUCUAUUUGUUUUGGAAAAUAUUCAGAAAGCUUUAGAAAACGGCACCAUCAACACCAUUAAUAUUCAGGAUGAUAUUGCAUAUAUUCAACAAUGUCCACAUGAUAGUCAAAAAAAUCAUUCUUAUUCAAACUUUGAAACAUCAUCAUCUGGAAAGACAAUAUCAUCCGUGCAUAAUAAGAAAUCAGAAGAUUCAAGUAAAACUCCUAAUGAAGAAAAUAUUCAAUCAGUCAAAACAUUUGACAUUGUUGCAUUAUCAAAACGGCUUAUGCUUAAACCUUCCAUUGCUUUCACAAAGACUGAUGCUACUCGUUUGUAUAAUAGUGCUGAAAUAAAGAAUGCAGUAAUUAAAUACUUGCAAGAACAUGAAUUUAUCAAGCAAAUCAACGACUUGUUUUUGUCAGCCAGUCCAACUAAAAAAAUGUUCAAACCUGAAAUUGGCUAUUUGAAGCUCUUUCCAACUUCUCGGUCUGCAUCUGAUACAUCAGCAUUUGAAACAAAACUUCGAGAAAAAGUUGGUAUUACAUUAGAUGAUUAUGUUAAUAAAGUUCUCGGUAGGGAGACGCUGCCUAUGUCAACUUCAGUUAACAACAACAUGUUUAAUACAACAUAUCAUAAUUGGUUAUUGAAUAUUUUUUGGUAUGAUAAACUCAAUGAAGGAUAUAUUAGUAUAUAUUUCAAGGAAAAACUCAUUUGUCCUGAUACAAAAAUGAAUCAGCCUAUGGCAACUGUAGUUACAGUAUCAGAUGACAAUGUUCAUGAUUCUUUCGAUCAAACACGAUCUAAGUUGACUGCUUCCCAACGAACUAGCAAAGAAUUAAAACGACUUGGUGCUAAACGAAGCAACGAAUCAAAUGAUGAACCUUCACCAAAACGGCAACGAAAACGAAAACGAUUUGCUGAUGAAGAUUAG